AGAUGCUACUCCCAGGCAGGACCUGUCUGUCAGGCUGAGGCACCUCUGCACAUGGGGCAGCUGUCUGUGGGAGGCAGCACCCGGCACAGCUGCCUCAGUCUUUGGAGCUGCCAUUCGGGGCUGAAGCAACUGCUCAAGAAGUACAGGAGCCCAGUUGCUGAUCUGAAGAGAGACUUGACAAAGGAAGUCUACUGAUGUCCUUCUCUCCAGCUGCCAGGAAAGAGGGCAGGUGUCCCCAACGAGUGUCUUGUUGACCAGCCACAAAGCAAGAACACCUGCUGUGUGGAAGACAAUGAUUUCUGCACUGUGGUUGUACUGCUUGAUGCUUCUUUUGCCUAUUGAAUCCUGUAGGAUAUUAUGCCAGGCCGCCAGUGAGAGCAAGGAGCAUGUGAUGUCCAGGCCACAUGAUAUCUGUGACGGUGUCUGUAAGAAUAAUGCCACCCCCUGCUUUCAGUCUUGCCCUCCAAACAGUGAGGGCGACAUGAAAUUUGCCUGUAAGGCCAAGAAAUGGCACAAAGUCACUGAAACCUGCCACACUCUGAAUACCCAAAGCAUCUUUGAGGAGGAUGAGGAAUCACAUUCAGUUCAAUUAUCUGCAUCAACCAUACGCACACACAUGUAUCAUAGAGAACUUAAAACCAUAACAGAUACGUUGAUGGAGAAGUGUCCAAAGGAUUUGUCUUGUGUGAUCAGAGGCAUUGAGAAAUCUCCUCGGAUACCAGGGAACAUCGCUGUGGUGGUACAGCUCUUACAUAACAUCUCAACAACUCUAACCAAAGACGUCAAUGAGGAAAAGAUGCAGAGUUACAGCGCCAUGGCUAACCACAUUCUUAACAGUAAAAGCAUAUCAAAUUGGACCUUCAUCCAAGACAGAAACAGCAGCUGUGUCUUGCUUCAAUCAAUCAAUUCAUUUGCAAGCAAGCUAUUUAUGAAGGAACAUCUCAUCAACAUAUCACAUGUCUUCAUUCAUACCAUGGGUACCAUCAUUUCCAGGGGCAGCCUUGGCAAGAAUUUCACGUUCUCAAUGCGAAUUAACGAUACGAGUGAUAAGGUCACUGGGAGGGUACUGCUCACCACCAAAGAGCUUCAGAGGGUGCCUCCUGCUUUCCAGGUCAUUAGCAUUGCUUUCCCAACUCUUGGGGCUAUCCUGGAGGCCAGUCUUUUGGAAAAUAUGACCGUGAAUGGGCUCGUCCUGUCCGUCAUUUUGCCUGAGGAGCUUCAAAACAUCUCACUGAUAUUUGAAAAGAUCAGAAAAUCUGGAGAGAGGAGGUCCCAGUGUGUGGGAUGGCACUCCUUGCAGAGCAGAUGGGACCGGAGCGUUUGUAAAAUGAUUCAAGAAAACUCCCGGCAAGCUGUUUGCCUUUGUCGACCGAACAAGUUAUUUACUUCUUUCUCCAUUCUAAUGUCUCCCAACACCUUGGAAAACCCGGUUCUAACUUAUAUCACAUAUGUAGGCCUAGGCAUUUCCAUCUGCAGCUUGAUCAUUUGCCUGGCCAUUGAGGCCUUAGUCUGGAGUCAAGUGACAAAGACCGAGAUCUCCUAUUUACGUCACCUGUGCAUCGCUAACAUUGCAGUCACCUUGUUGAUGGCUGAUGUAUGGUUCAUUGUGGCCUCUUUCCUCAGUGGCCCAGUAUUACACCACAAUGGAUGUGUGACUGCGACAUUUUUUGUUCACUUCUUUUACCUGUCUGUGUUUUUCUGGAUGCUUGCCAAGGCUCUCCUUAUCCUCUAUGGAAUUCUCAUUGUGUUCCAUACACUGCCCAAGUCAUGCCUGGUGGCCUCUCUGUUUUCCGUGGGCUAUGGGUGCCCUUUGGUCAUUGCUGUUAUCACACUUGCUGUUACAGAGCCUAGAAAAGGCUACCUCCGACCUGAGGCCUGCUGGCUUAACUGGGACAUGACCAAGGCACUCCUGGCCUUUGUAGUCCCAGCUCUGUCCAUUGUUGUAGUAAACCUGAUUACAGUCACACUGGUCAUCAUCAAGACCCAGAGAGCUGCCAUCGGUAGCUCCAUGUUCCAGGAAGUAAGAGCCAUCGUGAGGAUCUGUAAGAAUAUUGCCAUCCUCACACCACUGCUGGGGCUAACCUGGGGAUUUGGAAUAGCCACCGUCAUUGACGGUCACUCCCUGGCCUUCCACAUUAUCUUCUCCUUACUCAAUGCACUUCAGGGUUUCUUUAUCCUGCUGUUUGGAACAAUCCUGGAUCCAAAGAUAAGAGAAGCCUUAAAGAGUCGAAUAACAUCUGCCAAAUGGAUCUCCAGAGUAUCAGAGGACCUUUCCUCUGAGUUCUCUUGUCAUCCUACCAAAGGGCCAAGCUAACAAACUAGGAUGCAUCCCUCACAUGGGCGGUUGCUCAUUCCUGAAACGGCAGUGCCCAAGGAAGCAUGCACGUCAUUCCUGUCCUCUUGCCACUGGGCACUUUGAAGGAAACCUCCCACACUGCAGCACGGAUAGAGGCAGAGGUGACAUGCGCAAAGCACGAAGGCCCCUCUCUCUAAGCUGUUCUGGGUUUCUAAUCAUGUCUUGCCUACCAACUAGAAAUCUAUAUAUGACACACUAAGCAUCCUCAAGGGACAAGAAGACAAAGUGGGACACAGUGACAGGAUCUCACAGGUGCCUCCAUCUUCAUACUGCUGGGCCAUCAUACUGUUCUUCAGGGCAAGAGCUCUGCUUAUCCCAGCAAAGGUGGCCUAGGAAGCCCUGUGUGGGAUUCUAAAGGAGGCUCCCGAAGAAGAGUUGCCAAUAGUUGCACUGACUCUGAGCAGCUCACCACUGUUUCUUGUGUGGAAGGCGUCCAUCUGCUGGUACAUUCUACCUUUUCAAGGUCAAAGGCAAUUGAUUAGAUGGUCAGCCUGGCUCGGACUUGAAUGCAACUUCUCUGACGGUGAAUCAAGUGAAAACUAUAGUGUUUGAAUUGGACAUGAUGCCUGUUUUAAGAUGGGACAGAAGCCUGGAACUGUGAGCCACAGCUCUGCUGGAAUUGUGAACCGCAGCUCUGCUGUCCCCAGCCAACUCUAUUGGCUUUCCUUGCUCCACUUUUUUCUCCUCGAGCAUGGUGCCUCUGAGGUGCUUUCUGCUUACAUUUUCAGAUGUGGGAGGUUUCUGAAGCCUGAAUGUGGGAGAGGAAAUAUCAUAUUUCAAGUACAGUACUGUUCCUAGCUGUAUGUAAACACAUUCAACAUUCAAAGCAGAUGCCACCCAACAGAGAACAAUGCUGGCAGGGGGAGGGGAGGGGAGAAGCUCUCCCCAAAGCAAGCACACUGGCAGCUAGCUGCCCCUGAAGAACAGCAGGGGUUAAAGACAAAGGGGCACAGACCCAGGGCCCAAGCCAUCCCAUGGAAGCCAGUAUUAUUGAUGUUCUAUUACAGAUGGGAGGCUAGGCAUGCUGGGAACUAUUAGGACCCCGGCACUUAGGAUGCAGGGACUCAGAGAUGCUGUGAAUUGGUUUAGUAUACAUGGUUAGUGGUAGAAGGCCAAAGCUAAAGGGUAAGAUCUUGUCUAAUAAAGCAAACUAAUACCCCUCACAUAAAAUAAAUAAAAAUAAAACGACAAACAAAACCGUAACCAAGACCCAAAUGGGACGGGAGGCUCACUCUCUGGGUGAGUAGCUAGCUCUCUUUCUCCUCUGUGUGUGUGAGAAUGUAUGUGCUGUUCAUGUGUGGGUCGUAUCUGUACAUGUGUGUGGGUGUGCCCUAGCUGUUCAGGAGUGGACAUCCGGUGUCCUGCUCCAUCACUCUCUGCUUUAUUCUUAGACAGGGUCUCUCACUGAACCUGGAGCUAGCUUGGCAGCCAGCCAGCCUCAGUGAUCAUCCUGCAGCUGCUGCCAUCCACAGGCCACAGGGGAGCAUGGCUGACCCUGUAUUUUUCUGUAAGGUCGGGGGACUUGCAGUCAAGUCCUCAUGGUUAUACAGUAAAUCCUCUUACCACUUAGCCAUUUCCCCAGCCCAUCCUUACCACAGUUAACAAAACCAAAAAGAAAACUUCCUCUAAGUAGGAAUGGCGGAGAGGGAACAGUAUAGGGAAGACCAAUUAGAAGACAGGACAGGAUAUCUUAGCUGGGCAAAAAGAGUUAUCUUCUCAGUGGGGUUUGCUUAUGUUGGGACAGGGCAUCCCUUUCAUGUGUCAGAGGCAGUUUAGCUAAGUGCACUCCAACAUAUCUCCCAAUCUCUUUAACUAAAGAAGAUGGUGUAGACACAGUGCUGCUGGCUCUUCCUCAGUGCAGAUGCUGCAGCAUCAUGAAGUAUCACUUGUUUACGCUCAGGGUAAUGAAGUCAAGGUGGAUGGUCUCCUGUAACUAAAUGCGUGGAAGAAUGGACAUGUGUGAAGGUUAAGUAUUGUUCAGUGUAUGGGUGAGAAUUCUUGAGCACAGGGGGAGAGGGGGAGCGUCAUCAUUUCUCUGUAUUAUGGGUUGAGCAGAUGUGUCUGGGACACUCACUGUGUGUGUGAUAGGAGGUGGUUUGUCACUAACCAAGAAAGGCCUGAGGAUGCUCAGAGAACCACUCUGGCAUUCUGUGGUGGGGUUGGGGGAUCUCUUGAAGAAGUCUAGCCCUGAAUCUGCAUGGCAGGCACCUUGAAAGAUGUCAAUGGACAUUCCUAGCCUAAGCUUACAUGUGUGACCCAAUAGAGACACAUGCAAUAUGCUGUU